GACUUGUAUGCGUGCCUGCGUAUCAUCUGUCACCCUCUGGCGGAGUAUCAAAGCUUUUUUCUUACCAUUUCUCUUCCACGCCUGCCUUAUUCUCUACAGUACAAUCCCAAACGUCUCUCUCCCUGGAGUGCGGCGACGAAGCUCAAACAUCUGAAGUGCAAAGCAGCUCCUUUCAAUUUGAACUAGAAGGCUUCAUGUUUCUGUGGAUAUACCUUUAAAAACAAUAAAGAGCUGAACUUGAUUAAAUGGCAUCUCGACGCAAUGUCCGCUACACCCGGUUGGAUGGAGAGGAGAGGGACGAUGAUGUAAGGGGAACGGAAGAAGACCGUCGAUUUCUCUACACCCCAAAGUCUUUUGAUCGGAUCCCAUGGAAGUCCAUUGCCCUUGCCCUCUUCCUCCUUUCACUCGGAUUGUUGCUUCUCUUUCUCGCUUUCUUCAUUUUGACAGGCCACAUGGGAGGUGAUCAUUCUCAAGCUUAUGGCCUCUUGGUGCUUGGAAUCCUUGCCUUCCUUCCAGGUUUCUACGAGACCCGGGUUGCUUACUAUUCGUGGAGGGGUGCGAAAGGGUUUCGAUUUGCUUCAAUCCCUGAUUAUUAGGUGGUGUAAAUUACAAUCUCUCUCUCUCUCUCUGUGUGUGUGUGUGUG